CUUUGCUUUCAUCAUCCACACAAAUUCAGAACGCUAACUCUCAUCAAAACAUACGUCUAAAAGUUAUCCGAAGUUUUCUUCGAUGACCGGUUCGAACUCCCUGCUACUAUAGUUAGAGACGGAAAGGAGAUAGUAGAGAGACGUGGAGACGACCGUUUCUCGAAUUGCCGCUGUUCGAAUUCCAGAUAAAUCCAUCUCCUUGUGGAUAAUAAAAAAUGGCACUCGAUUGCCAAAGAUUAUCACUUUCAUUCAGCUCUUCAAAUGCAUUGUCUUCACAAAAGCUGAUCAGAACCUGUGUUCCCAGAAGAAAGUUGGUUAUGUUGGAUCAUCUGUUAUUCAGCUGGGGUUACUUGAUGAAGAGAUCUUAUUCAAGAUUUGCUUUCUCAGUGGACAAAAAUAUGUGUCUUGGUUGCAGAUUGGUGGAGUUUACCAGAAGCAAUUCACCUGUUUACCAAUCUAGGAUGCGGUCUUUUAUACCCUUAGCUUCCGCUGAUGAUAAUAUAACUGUUAAUGGAGGUACACAAGUGGGUAGCAGCAAUUAUGUUAAGGAAAUGAAGAUCAAACUUGAUCAGUCGCUGCAAGGUGAAGAUUACAAUAAUGGUCUUAUCCAGUCAUUACACGAUGCUGCCAGGGUUUUUGAAUUGGCAAUUAAGGAUCACCCUUCAUCAUCAAAAUUGCCUUGGCUUUCAACUGCAUGGCUUGGUGUGGACAACAAUGGUUGGGUGAAGGCCCUAUCUUACCAGGCAUCUGUGUUUUCCCUCCUGCAAGCAGCAACUGAGAUUUCAUCACGUGGGAAUAGUGGAGACAGGGAUGUUAAUAUCUUUGUUCACAAGAGUUUGGUACGGCAAUCUGCUCCUCUCGAGAGUGUAGUGAGAGAGAAGUUAUCAGCCAAGGAACCUGAUGCUUACAAUUGGUUCUGGUCUGAGCAAGUUCCUGCGGUAGUAACUACUUUCAUUAAUUACUUCGAGAGGGACCCACGUUUUUCUUCCCCAACUGCAAGUUCUGUCAGAGGACUGCCCUCAAACUUAGCCAAUUCACUUCAUGCAAAUGAUGUAUCACUGCUCAUGCUUGCACUGAGAUGCAUGGCGGCCAUCACGAAACUUGGUCCAACAAAUGUUUCUUGCCCACAGUUUUUCUCCAUGGUACCUGAGAUAACUGGUUCCUUAUUGGGGAAACUAGUGGAUGUCAUUCCUAUCCGCCAAGCUUAUUCUGUUACAAAGGAUAUUGGCUUACUCAAAGAAUAUCUAGUAUAUUUUGGGCCUCGGGCUGCAGCAGGUAGAGGUAAAACAGACCUGGAAGUGGAAGAGACUGUAUUUUGGGUUGGUCUUGUCCAAAAGCAGUUGCAACAAGCCAUAGACAGGGAGCGAAUAUGGUCUAGGCUCACAACUUGUGAAAGCAUUGAGGUAUUGGAGAAAGAUUUGGCCAUAUUUGGCUUUUUCAUUGCUUUGGGGAGAAGCACAAAAUCUUUUCUACAUGCAAAUGGGUUUAAUGUUAUGGAUGCAUCUGUAGAAGGCUUUCUAAGGUAUCUUAUAGGGGGGAGUGUGUUGUACUACCCUCAGCUUUCUUCAAUAAGUUCCUAUCAGCUUUAUGUGGAGGUUGUUUGUGAAGAGCUGGAGUGGCUACCUUUCUAUCCUGGUUUUACUGGUUCAUUAAAAAGCAGGCAUGUCCAUAAUAACAAUAAUGUGGGACCCCCAAAUUCUGAAGCACUCCUCCAAGUAUUAGAUGUUUGCUCUCAUUGGAUACAGAGCUUCAUCAAAUACAGCAAUUGGCUGCAAAAUCCUUCAAAUAUUAAAGCAGCACAAUUUCUCUCUUAUGGGCACAACAAGUUACAGGAAUGCAUGGAAGAUUUGGGCAUGCAGAAGUACAAACUGAGGGAGAACAAUCUUACUAGAAAUGGAAGUCAAAAAUUUAUUCCAAUUGAAGCAGAAGCAGAUUCUUUUGACCAGGUUCUAGAAAGUGUUGAAGGAGCAUUGCUGAGGUUGGAACAGUUGCUUCAGGAGCUGCAUGUUUCAAGCUCUGGAUCUGGCAAAGAGCACCUAGAGGCUGCUUGUUCUGAUCUGGAAAGAAUCAGAAAACUUAAAAAAGAGGCUGAAUUUCUUGAAGCAUCUGUCAAAGCAAAAGCGGCUUCCCUUCUUCAGGUAGAUGAAGACGCAGCCUCCCCAUCUUCUAUUAUCAAGGAGCAGAAAUAUUCUGAUGGACAAGGCUGGAGAAGGGCUAGUGUUCAAAACACUAGAAAUAAUAAUAAAUCUCAAGGAUUAUGGAACUUUCUUGUGCGCCAGCCAACUAAGAAGUCUGAAGCUGCUUUGUCAUCUGUCAGUGGAAGUGAUGAUGACCCCCGUGAAGAGAAAUUGGCUGCUCUGGAUGCAGCAAACUUAGGGUCAAACGAAAUUCAACGAUUUAAACUCUUGAGAGAUGAACUUAUUGAACUUGAACAGCGAGUACAAAGAAGUACAAACCAAUCUGAAAAUGAUGAGACAUCAUUUAAUCAAUCAAAAACUACCCAGGAUGAAGUUAAGUUGGAAGGAGGGUCACUCAGUUAUGCUGGAAAUGAAGUCUCAAUUCAGAAGAGGGAAGGUUUUAUCCAAAAAUCAGUGGACAAGCUCAAAGAGGCCAGUACGGAUGUCUUUCAGGGAACUCAGUUGCUGGCUAUUGAUGUUGCAGCAGCUACGGGCUUGCUAAGAAGGGUCAUUAUUGGGGAUCAAUUAACAGGGAAGGAAAAGAAGGCUUUGCGGAGAACCUUGACUGAUUUGGCUUCUGUAGUCCCCAUUGGCUUUCUCAUGCUCCUUCCUGUUACUGCAGUUGGACAUGCAGCCAUUUUAGCUGCCAUUCAGAGAUAUAUGCCUGCAUUGAUUCCUUCCACAUAUGGGUCAGAGAGGUUAGAUUUGCUCAGGGCACUUGAGAAAGUGAAGGAACUGCAAUCCAUUGAGACACUGUCAAUUGAAAAUACUGAGACACCUGAGUAAAAUAACAUUAAACAUACAAUCCAUCCAGCCCUAAACACGACAUGAAGUUUCCACGCAGGGGUUGGUGUUGUGUUAAAGCCAAUUUACGUUGUCAUUCGAUUGUCUGCAUUGUGUAAUAUUGUUAAACAUGCUUUGUGGUAUCAUCACAAAAAGAUGAAACAUAAACAUUUCCAUACAUUUCUUUUUUCCUA